GCGGCACUCGCCCUUUCGACAAUCGUCAUUUAACGAGUGAAUCCUUCGUGCAUCAUGGGGUGCAACGAAUCGAAGCACGUCCAACUGCCAUCGACGCAACCUAGUACAGGGCAAGGGCAGACGAACAUUGCACCAACAAGUGGCCCGCUGAUGCGGAACCCGUCCAAGCCGAUCUUCGCGACGCCGAUGCCCCCAGUGCAGUCGACAGCCGACGUCGACUGGUCGCAGUAUACCGAGCUGGAGCCGUUCAAGGCGAAAUACUGGAUCGACAUCGAAGAUCUCACGAUCGUGCGUCCCAUCAAGUCGACCUACAUGAAGACCGAGAUGGGCAACCUUCAUGGCGAGUCGGUACUGGUCAAGUCAAUCGAUACGGCGGCAUCGACGGACGAAAUCGCCAAGUCCCGCAAGGCUUUGGUGGCCGAGAUCUCGUCCAUGGCGCGCACGCAGCACCCCAACAUCGUCGGGUUCAAGGGCUUCUCCAUUAGUCCUGACAUGGGCCUGGUGUGCAUCUCCGAGUACAUGGAAAGCAAGACGCUGCGCGGACUACUGGACAACCCUAAGCAGUUUGCCAAGCUCACGUGGGGAAACGACAAGAUCAACUACGCCAUCGACAUCUGCUCGGCGCUAGUGUACAUGCACACACUCAAGCCGACGCUGAUCCAUCGAAACGUGAAGGCGUCCAAGGUACUCCUGGACCGGUCGCGCAGCAAGGCCAAGCUCAGCGGGUUUGGCGCGAGCAGAGACCGCUCGUUCGAGCAGGAAAUGACCAACAAAAUAGGCCAAAUGGAGUGGAGCGCGCCGGAGCUCAUCAUGGACGACGAAGACUACACAGAAAAGAUCGACGUGUACUCGUUCGGUGUGCUACUCACCGAGCUGGACACGGGCCUGCUGCCGUUUUCAGACGUCAAGGACACGAUGCAUGCAACAACGUUCACCAAUAAGCUCGUAUCUGGCGCAUUGCGACCCAAGUUGAGUCCCGAGUGUCCGGCCGAGAUCGCCAAGGUUGUCAAGUACUGCCUCCAGCAGGACCCGCAUAUUCGUCCGUCUAGCGCCAAGGUGCUUGAGAUGCUCAACGCCGCCAAGAUCGCACUCGAAACACAGCCAUAAAAUAAUCCAGUUCAACGCUGCCGUCUACUAUAUUACACUAUUAAUAUAUUACUACUACUACUAGUAGUACUAUUAAUACUAACAUAAAAUUCCAAUUUCAAUUUAAGAAC